AGGUGAAGUUGCUGCUUGUUACCCGUGUUCGCACGAUGGCGCAAAAUGUUAUCAACUCGGGAGCUCGGACAACUUUUAUUCUAUUUAUUACUAUCGGAGUAUUUCACUUAGCGAGUGGCAACGCGCUCGGAGUGUCCGGCAAGCCGGUGAGCAUCACCUCGGUGAAAUUAGUCGACGAAUCGUCGUUGCCGUCGGAGUUUUCGGCCCCAAAUCCGAAGUUCUAUAUUGAGGUUACUGGCGCCGGUAUCACCAAGGAUUUGCCCCUGGUGUUGUCACUCAAGGAAAGUUACUGUGAGGUUAAUCAAAAUGGGAAUAACCCGCUGCGUCAAGUGUCAAUCGACCGGGAUGGAAGCCACGCUAUUUACGAGAUCGACUAUCAACAACCCGAACAAUUUAAGGUUACGAUCGCCUAUUUUUGCCUACAACGGAAAUCACGCCUUCAACAUGUUUGGGUUAACCUGGGCGCAGAUUAUGCCGUCAGAUUAUACGACCAAUCCUCACUCUCUCGAACGAAGCGACAGAAUGAGCAGAAAUCAGAUGGCACACCUUCAGGUGCAGUCAAAACAGAUUCACCUAAACCAGAGGUGAGAAUCGAGGGGCUCAGGAUUGAAUCAGCCGACAAGGAGCCAUUUUUCUCAGACGACGAUGUGCCGACUCUGUACGCCAAUACAGAUGCUGUUAUUCGAUUGUUUGGUGAUGGACUGACAAACGAUACAGUGAUUAGGUUCACCGAUGUCGCUGCUAAUCGAGGCGAAAAUUGCAAUGAGCUAAAAACACCAGAAUAUAAGGUAUACGCUCUGGGAAAUAUCACUGGAUUGAUAAAAGUUAAUUUUCCCCCAAAUCCAACGAUGCAUUUUUACAUUUGUGUCAAGGACAAAAAUGAUACAGGAAUUUUCAAACAUCAGGGUCGUGAUUCUUGGAACAUGGUCGACAGUUACGAAAAAAUGUUACCACUCUGGCUCAGUAUUUGUAUAAUUGUAUUUUGCUUGUCUGCUUCGGCCCUCUUUUCUGGAUUGAACUUGGGUCUUAUGUCGAUGGACAGAACGGAAUUAAAAAUUUUGUGCAACACCGGUACAGAAACGGAACAAAAAUACGCCAGAGCUAUUCAACCGGUCAGAGAACACGGAAAUUAUUUACUGUGUUCCAUUCUUCUUGCUAACGUAUUCGUCAAUUCAAUAUUCACUAUUUUACUGGACGAUUUAACGUCUGGUCUCAUAGCUGUGAUUUUCUCUACUGUCGCAAUCGUCAUAUGUGGUGAAAUUUCUCCACAGGCUGUCUGUAGCAGACACGGUCUCUGCGUGGGUGCGAAAACUAUCUACAUCACCAAGUUCACCAUGUUCCUGACCUUUCCGCUGAGCUAUCCGAUCAGUAAAUUCUUGGAUUGCCUGCUCGGUGAAGAAAUUGGAAAUGUCUAUAACCGGGAACGCCUGAAGGAGCUUGUCAGGAUUACAAGAGAUUAUAACGACUUAGAAAAGGAAGAAGUAAAUAUCAUUUCUGGCGCACUGGAACUGCGAAAGAAGACUGUUUCCGAUGUGAUGACUCGUAUUGAAGACGUUUAUAUGCUAUCUUAUGAUGCUAUCCUAGACUUUGAAACUGUUUCUGAAAUCAUGAAGUCCGGAUUUUCACGUAUACCUGUAUUCGAGGGCUCACGAAAUAACAUUGUCACCAUGCUGUACACCAAGGACCUCGCGUUCAUUGAUCCAGAUGAUAACACACCGCUGAAAACUCUGUGCCAGUUCUAUCAAAACUCGUGUAACUUUGUGUUUGAAGAUGUUACGCUGGACGUUAUGUUCAAACACUUUAAAGAAGGUCACAAAGGCCACAUGGCCUUCGUUCACAGAGUGAAUAACGAAGGUGAAGGCGAUCCGUUCUACGAAGUAGUCGGUUUAGUGACUCUGGAAGAUGUUAUCGAAGAAUUAAUUCAAGCAGAAAUUAUGGAUGAAACUGAUGUCUUUACCGACAAUCGAAGUAAACGAAGGAGACAGGCUCAUCCUAAAGACUUCACCGUCUUUGCCGAGAAGAAAGAAAACCAACGUAUACACAUUUCACCCCAGUUGACCCUUGCCAUGUUCCAAUAUCUCUCCACCACUGUUGAUCCCUUCAAACCCGAUACCAUAUCAGAAACAAUUCUACGUCGCCUGUUGAAACAAGACAUCAUUUAUCACAUAAAAAUAAAGAAUCGUGAAAAGGCAAGAAACGAUCCAGCCACGGUAAUCUAUCAACAGGGUAAACCGGUAGAUUAUUUCGUUCUAAUACUGGAAGGUCGUGUAGAAGUUACAGUCGGUCGGGAAAAUAUGAUGUUCGAAAGCGGUCCGUUCACUUACUUUGGGACGCAGGCUUUGACUGCCAAUAUCGGCGUCGCAGCCGAGUCACCAAUAAAUGCAAGUCCCCAAACAUUGGGAAGUAUACAGUCGGUGAAUCUGGACUCUAUGCUUCGCCACACAUUCGUACCAGAUUACACUGUGCGUGCAGUUACCGAAGUGUUCUACGUGAGAAUAAAACGGUCUCUAUAUCUGGCAGCCAAACGAGCUUCGCUGUUGGAACGUAGUCAAAAGGAUCCUCAACCUAGCCAGGAUCAAUUUGACGAUGAAGUAGAAAAGCUACUUCAUUCACUGGACGAGGAUGACCGAAGUGCCCCGGAAUCACCCGUAUUGUCGAGAUCGAAUAAGGAAAAAGAAAGAGAUAAAGAUAAAGAAAAAGAAAAGGACGAUCAUCAGACACCUCUGCAUGUACCCGCACCGUCGUCCCCAUUACCAGUGAGUGCCAGUCCUGUUACGAAUGCCAAGUUUAUCUCACCUAAAGGGGGUCAAAGUUACAACGGCGAGAUCAAGGGUUCACCAAGAAAGAUUCAGGAACAAUCCAGUUCUCAGGUACCAACAUCUGGUACGGAUCUUGACGCAGAAAUCCAGGCUCGACAGUUAGAAGCUCGUAUAAUAUCUGGAUUAGUAGCACAAGAACAUGAACAUGAACAGGAAGAAAGAACUAACUUGUUACCUAAACAAGAUCGUUCUUAACACUUAGAAAACGGUCGAAAUGGUUCGGCCGUAAUCACAAUCGACGAAGCAACGAAGAAGAAAGAAGGCAACGUGGAACACCAAUUAGCGUGACGUAACCCGAAAAACUAGGUAAUUUGUUUAUCGAAUUGAUCGAUUGUUAUUAUAUAUGCCUAAACAAUACAACUUAUAUGUACUUAGCAGAUGAGAAGGUUCGCGCUGAUCUCAUUUUAAUUUUCAAUAAUGUAGGCAAACUUUACCUAGGGGAACGCAUACUUACGGCCAUAGUACCUAUAAAUCGUGUCUUAACUAUUAGUCACUCGAUUCAGAGAAGAAAAAAUGAUACAGUAAAAAAAAAAACAACUUAAUAAUAAUAAUAAUAAUAAUAAUAAUAGUAGUAAUAGAAAUAGAGAGAAAGAAACUUUAUCGUUUAGUAGUCUUACUGCUGCUAUUAUAUAUUUGUUUGGUAUUUCUGUAUUUUGUAUUCGAUAAUUUAAAGAAUUCAUUACAAGUAUCUAUAUAGAUACAUAUAUAUUAUAUACGUAUAGCAUUUGUAAAUAUCACAUAUUUUUACUUGUUUCAAUACCAUUCUAUUUAUUAAUGAUAAUAAAUAUAAAUGGAAUUGAAAUGAAAAAGUACGGAGUAAUUCAAUGAAAACUUUUUGUUACGCAAGCCUAUUAGAAGAAAAAAAAAACUACAAUUGACGAUGUACAGUUUAUAACAUUAUAUUGUCAAUGUAGUUUAUAAUAUACCAGUGAGUCGACAUGAACGCAGUGCAAAGACAUUUCAUUUAAACUUGUAAGUAACCGGGGAUAAUAUUACAUUUUAUUAUUCAAAGAAUUUUGAACAGUAGCAUCAAAUUUAAGAAUGAGCUUAGAAUUUUAAUUUUAUAUUGUAUAUGGUAUUUUAUUGAAUUACUCUGCAUGUGAUGAAAUAUGACUUAAACAUGAGAUUAAUGUAUUUUCCAUUUACAAAAGAAGAAAGCAAAAAAAAAAAGAAAAGAGAGAAAACAGAAAAACGAACCAUCAUCCUUUAUUACGUUAUAUCAAAUACGCAGCCUUAUAAUUCCACGGCUUGGUAGGGCGCGAAUAUUGUAUAAAUGGUAACAUUGUGUAAUUAUUUAGGGCGUAAGAAAUCACAGAGUAUGUUUGAAGUGAGAUAAAAAUUUCGUAAGAAGAAAGUUAUCUUGACAGUUUGGACAGUUUCUUCAUGCACACAGGAUGUUUUUUGAGUCGUACAACUUAUUUGUUUUUUAUACAAAUGUUCCGGUAUAACAUCAGAACAUGGUUUCUUAUGAACGUUAAUAUACAACACAUCACUCUUGCAAGUGCGACAGCAUUUAUCCCAACUCCAUUUUCAUAAGUUUCUACCUUUCCCGUAAUCUAUUAUGUAUUAGGAUUAGUAAAAUCCUGUAAUCACACUUAUCAGUUAUUCAGAAUGUUGAAAUCAUCUAAUGCGAAAGUUAUAUUGCGAAUUUACGAUAUUCCUUUCAGUCAGACUUGAUGUUUCGUCGAUAUUCUUAUGACGAAAUUCACAAUAUCAGAGCUACUCAUAACAAUUGGUGCAAAAAUCGUUGCUAAUAAGUUAAAAGAAAUCAUUUUUCAUCGACAAUUAUGUUGCUAAGACAAGGCGAAGGUGCUUUUACCAAACUUUCAAUCGGGUCAUACAUUCUCACUAAUUAUCCUCUCGUUAGAAUUGUAUAAUUAACAAACACGAUUAUAUGCGAUCAUUUUAAUUUUUACUCACGAUUUUUCGUACAUCGUAUCAGCCCAUCAACGUUUUGCUAUUGUAGAAUAAAUAUUCAAUAGUCAAUAUUUCCUCACUUCAGUUAUUCACUUCUCCGAAUGUGUGACCCGGUGAAUAAUAAUUAUACAAUUAACUCGAAGAAAAAUGUAGACUUUUUAUAGUUUCACGUCGAUUUACUCAUGUACUUUUAUAAUUUUAAAGUUCAAAUCUAAGAUCCUGAGAUUAAACCAGAAUGACAUGUUUUUCUGGUUUUGUAAAACACGUGAUGGUAUACAGACUUAAGUAAAGAAAGUGUAAAACAGAGAUCGUGAAAGUGAAAGAGUAAGGCAAGGAUAAGGAAAGGAGAUAAUGAAAUAUCGGCACACAUAAAAAAUGGAUCAUAACUGAGAACACCAUUAAAACUAAUUACUGCCAUAUUUUAGUAUGUUAUGAAUUGUUGUUGUUUUUACAUUGUAAUUGUUAAUUUAUUGAUAAAUAGAAAAUUAUAACAGACAAAACAAUUAAGCUGGAAAGUAGUUUUUGACUUAUUGUAUUGGCAACAAACGAUUCUGUCCAAUUCAGUCGGUUGGACAAAAUUGUUGCUAAUAAAACCUUCUGAAGCUAUAGAAUACGCUGCUCCGAAGUACUAAUAUCUGCGAUAGCCCAGCAACAUUGAAAAAUCUUUUUCAUCAAAAAACAAAAAUGCUUUUGUCUCGACAGUUUAUAAUUCCUACUCAAGUAACAUUUGUCCACGUUGCCGCUCGUUUUAUUAUUAAUAUUAUUGUUUUUUUUUUCAAGCUUGUUAUUACCGAAUGAGAUGAUCCGUUGAAAUAUAUAAACUAAGAUGUGCGAGGUGCAUGACAGUUUGGGAAAAAAUUUUGAAGCAUUGCAUUGAUCCAGAUGAUACAAUUUUCAUUUUCAUGAUUUUUCUGAAUUGUUCAGUUUUUUCUUUUCAAUAGCAAAAGCAAAGGAUAGUCACAGAUUUCUGAAUAAACAUACGUUGAUAGUAUUGCGGGAAAUGUUAAUACUGUACAUACUUGAUACCAUCGCAGUAGUCUAUUAUAUUUUCGAUGGCAAGUAAACGUUUAAACUUGAAAUUUUAUUCUUAAAAAUUGUGAAAAUCAAAAGUUGAAAAGCGACAGAUUAAACGAACCUCUUUAAACUUAAUGCCGAGGUAAAUUUUUAACAGGUCUCAAUUUUUUUUCUAGUAAAAUUUAUUACUAUUAUGUACUUAUAAGAAUCAUUUUAUCUUUUAUAUUUUUAAUAUUUAUCUGUUAUAACCCAAAAUUAAGGCUGUGCUAUUGACUUUUAAUGUUGCAAAGUUUGAAUGCGUGUUAUAUGCAUGCAAGUAAGAUUUGUGAUACUGCUGGACAGGAGAAGUAAGAAAGAA